AUGUCAACGCCCCACACCCCCCGGACUGCGACGGCUUUGCCCCUCGACGACGACUCCCUCAACUCCUCCAGAAACAUCGCCAUCACCAGCGACCCCUCCCUCGGAUUCCGCUCCAGACCUAUCCCCGUCCCUGUCCCUACCUCUGCCGGCCCGUCGUCAACGUCCUACCGCCUUGGCAAAGUCCAGACUGUCCUUUCCACAAGUCCCUCUGGCCUGUACACGCUCCCUGAUGUCUCCGUCACUACGCCGGCCCUCGUCCACUUUCGCGCCAACACGAUAGCGCCCUCUCCUCCACUUCAACAAGGCGAGCUGCCUCCGACCCAGCAUGGUGCCCUCGCCACGGACAUCCCCUCUUCCAUCGAUAGGCGCUCCUAUAGUCCCGUUGGAUCCCUCCGUAUUUCAACCGAGUUUAGCUCCUUCCCAACGACUCCCAACCGUCGAGAAUCCUUCAAUGGCAACGGAAGUGGAAGUGGCAGUCUUUCCUCCUCUCGCGGAUCUCUCACCUUGAAGCAGAGAGCCUCGGCGAGCAGCCUUCGGCCAAUUUCGAGGACCCCCAGCCUCAAGACUGCACUGGCCAACAGCCUUGGUAACGCUAGCGGUACCAGCAGCCUCGUCCCGAGUCCCAUCAUCUCUGCUAUGGGCUCUGUUACGCCUCUGCCAAGUCCACUCAUGACGGGAGACUCUCCAGGCCCCUGGAAGAGGCUGAGUGCUGGGUCUGCGUCACCCCCACAGCACCGCCUCCUGAGCGUCGGCGAGGGAUCCGUUCUGGUCACGAAUACGGGCGAGUCUAUUGACGCGGCCCUUUCGAAUGGUGCGAAGCGCAAGAUGUAUGCGGCGCUUGAGCCUGGAGACAAGAUCCCGGCGCAACCGCCAACUAUUAACCAACCUCAUCACACCCGAAAUCGCAGCGCGAGCGAAUACAACCCGGACCAGAUGGGACACAAGAGACACACGUCAACCUCCGGAUCACACACUAAAAUCGAUGGAACCAACGACACUGGGCCCGAAUCCCAAAUGCGAAGGGAGAUACACUUUGGCCAGUCCCGUGGUCUGACUCCCACUGUCACGCAACCUCCGACCCCGCCCCCAAGCGAGUCGUCUCGAGACUCGGCCGAUGGGUCUAGCAAACCUAAGAGCUCUCGCUACGAGUACUUUGAGGCUUUCGGACGAAAUGACAGGAAACGGCGUCGAUGGAGAUCGAUACGCCUCCUCGGUCAGGGCACUUUCAGCAGGGUCAUGUUAGCCACGAGUCAGAUCGAGUGUGAAGAUGACUCUAACGAGACUGGUCCUGGAAAUGUGACUUCGAAGCCCGAGCUAAGCCUUGACCGGAAGACUCUGGUUGCGAUCAAGGUGUGCGAGCAUGGUCCUCGAGGCGGUGCCAGUGAGGAACGUGUCGAGAUGAGCUUAAAGCGCGAGCUUGAGAUCAUGCGAACCAUUCACCACCCGACACUGGUCGACCUCAAGGCCUGGAGUAUUGAGCCCUCGAGGGCCAUCCUGGUGCUGAGUUACUGCCCUGGAGGCGACCUGUUUGACAUUGCAACAGCUCAUCGCUCUGUUCUCCGAGAGUCACUUCUGCGAAGAAUCUUUGCUGAGUUAGUCGGUGCGGUAAGCUACCUCCACGAGAGGAGGAUUGUCCAUCGCGAUGUCAAGCUCGAGAACGUUCUCGUGAAUCUAACACCGGCCGAAUUGGCUGAUCCAACCGUUAACUGGGCUACCUACCCUUACUCCGUCGUCAUCCUUACGGAUCUAGGUCUCUCACGCCGCAUCGCGGAUGAUGAGAAGCUUGAGACGCGCUGUGGUUCCGAAGACUAUGCCGCUCCUGAGGUCAUCAUGGGUCAACCCUAUGAUGGCCGAGCUACCGAUGCCUGGUCACUCGGUGUUCUGCUUUAUGCGCUCCUCGAGGCCCGUCUGCCUUUCGACCCGCAUCCCAGUAUGAGCGAUGCCCACCGCAUGCGCAGUCGCACCAGCCAUCGCAUUGCCAGAGUCGAAUGGAAAUGGGUUGAAUAUGCAGGCGAUGACACGGAUAACGACGGCGACGAAACUAAGUUCAAGGAGAAAGGUCUCCUGGGUGCCAUGGAGAUCACGGAAGGGUUGCUGAAACGCGCAAGGAGCCGCUGGAGCGUUGUCAAGGUGGCCAAGACCCCGUGGGUUACUGAUGCCAUCAAAGUUGAGGGAGGACUACGGUUCCGAGAGGAGAAGGAUGGCGCGGAGGUGUGA